AUGCUUCCCCUUACCACUCUUGACGUUCACAACCAAGCGGCAUCUCCGCUCAAGGAUGAGCUCGGCCAAGAAAGCGACAAAACGACAGAGACGCCCGACAACUCCAGCCCCGAAUCCAUCCCGCACAUGGAGGCAGAGCACCAGAUGAUCAACGAUUGGCUCUCCGAACAGCUCCGGUACCACGCAAUCUACGCACCCCCCAUCUUUCCCAUGCUCCUGUACACCUUCUUUGCUAUCAUCUAUGGCGUAUUGGCUUUCUUUGGGGGGAGACGUCUAUUCAUCGAACUUUUGCUCGUGGGUUCUGGCCUUCUUCUAUUGGGGAUGCGCGUGCACGUCCACAGGAGGCUAGGUCGAGAGAUCAAGGAGGUAGCGAAGAGCCUGAAGGUAACAUUGGACGGUGAAGAAGUAGGAGUAGCCGACUUGAAAUGGUAUAGGCGUGCCACGCCCGGUCUCACGGAUUGUCAAACUGGCACCAUCUUUCACCCCUUUCCCCCCUCAUCAGAGGACCAUCGCCAGAGCCCCAUCUCGCCUACCAGCUACCCUCUCUUGCGCAAGUUUACCUCCUUUCCAGAGAAAGCCCGAAUCAUCGCAAUCUGCGUAUUUGCGCCUUUGUUGAGCGACAUGUGGGCGGCGUGCCCUGUUGGCGACACAGAAGUGUCUCCCCUUCGGGAAAGGAUAGUGCUGGAUGUCGUAUUGACUUCUCUGCUGGGAGGCCUCAUUGCGUUCUUUUCCGUUAUGGAGUACGAACAUAUCACGCGCGGUCUGUAUCGACGUUCGAUGGUUCAGGAGAGUAUGGAGUGGAACAGUUUACUUUGGAUCCAAGAGCACAUGGGAUGGUGGGGAGUGUUGGUGAUGGAGCAGACACUUGGGCGUGACAGGUUGGAAGAGUUGAUGGCCGCCAUGAGGAAAAGAGAAAAGCAGUAUGUUGACGACCGUUCGAGAGCUUUGCAAGGAUUGAUUGAUCAAGGUCGUUACGCUGAGACUGAGCGCGAGAUGUUCUUCUCAACAAUAGACUAUGAUCUAUUGAACGAUGAGGCCGUUUACCCUUGA